UAUUCCAUUGUUCAACCGGCGGAUUUAUUCCGAUUCCCUCGUUCAACCGGCUGAGAUCUAUUCCAAUGCCAUCCUUCAACCGGCAGAGAUUUAUGCCUUGUGCAAACAAAGAUCCAACAUGUAUUGACUAAAUCCCAUUACCCAUUGUAUUCUAUUCCAUAUUUGUUUUCACCGCCCCGGAAUUUAGCGCACCUGUCACAUCCUCUGCCGGUACAAGUAUCUACGUGCGAUUAUAUUUAUGAUAUUGCUGCUCUUUAAAGUCUUGAAAUGAUGUCCUGUUGAAUUGCUUGAAGCGGGUUUCAAUCAGUUUUUCCAAUGGCCCUCAUUUCAGAUGGUUAUGAACUGAUUGAUUAUUUUCAGCGAGGAGGAGAGCCCAUUGCAAGGCUUCAGAUUUCUAGGCCAAAACGGCCAUUUUUGGAGCUCAAUGAAUCUGGGUCGUCACCUUCAUCAUCUGAACAAGAUUGGAGAGAAGGGAAGAAAUCUAAGCAUGUGAAGGCCUUGCGUGGAGAUGAGGAGAAUUUUUAUGAGAAUUACAGAGCACCCAAUUUGUUUGUGCCCACAACAAAAGAUAAAAGAGAUCUUUUGGUGAAGCAAAGUAGAAAUCUUGUGCAGCAGAAGAAGAAGGUUGUUAAAGAAGCAGAAAGAUCCCCUGGUCUGCAACUGAUCUGUUUGCUUCUCAAUUGUGCUUCUUCCAUUGCAGAGAACAAGAAAGACAUGGCAGAGAAUUUGCUAAGGAGGCUCUAUUCAAGAGUUAGCAAGAGUGGGAAUUCAAUAGAACGAGUUGCAGCCCAUUUUGCAGAGGCUCUGUCAGCCAAAUUGAAGUCACCCACCCCAUUAUUCAAGAACAGAGUGGUUGCAGGAGACCCAGAUCAAUUACAGUCUGAAGCCCACAUAGCAUUUUACAGAGUCUCUCCAUUCUAUCAAUUCGCUCAUCUCACAGCAAACCAGGCCAUAAUUGAGGCUUUUGAAGGCAAGAAGAAGCUUCACAUAGUGGAUUUUGAUAUUUCUCAUGGUAUUCAAUGGUCUUCUUUGAUUCAGUCCCUGUCUGAGGAAGAAGAUGUUCCUUCUCUUCGUAUAAGUGGGUUUGGAAGAGACGUGAAUGUGCUGAAAGCCACUGGAAUUCGACUGACUGGCUUUGCACACAGUUGUGGAUUGACCUCCUUUGAGUUCCAUCCUUUUCUUGAAGAUACCUCAAAAGGAAUCUCAAUUGAGAGCCUGCAGAUCAAAGAAGAUGAAACUGUUGCAGUAAACUUGGUUCUGUAUUUGAAUAAGUUGGCCAGCUCUCAGACUCUUCUCUGCAGCAGAUUGAGAAGUAUUGAGUCUCUUAGACCUAAGAUAGUUGUUGUGGUGGAGCAUGAAGCAAGCCAGAGCCCCACAACAUUCUUGUCAAGAUUCAUGGAGUCCCUUCAUUACUAUGCUGCUCUGUUUGAUUCCAUGGAUGAGUGUCUGCCAUUGCAGAGUGCAGAGAGGCUUAGAAUUGAGACUUUUCAUCUUGGGGAGCAGAUAAAGAACAGUAUCAGAGAUGAUGGUGUUGGGAAAAUGAUGGGAAGAAGAGAAACCCAUGAUAAGUGGGAGACAUGGAAGGGGAGGAUGGAGAGAGGAGGAUUUGCACAGGUUGGUUUCAGCAGUAGAUCUGUGAGUCAAGCAAAGCUUCUUCUGCAGUCAAGGCAGCACUGUAGUUCCUUUGAAGGAGGAGGAGGGUUCAAGCUUCUGCAGAAAGAUUUAGGAAGGACCUUGUCUUUGGCAUGGCAAGAUCGUCAAUUGAUUCUAGCAUCUGUUUGGCGUUGUAAAGAUUAA